AUGCAGACUCAGACUGUUCCAAACUGGCAUCAGGCCAUCUUCUUACGGCUACAAGAACGAAAUGCGCUCGAAAAGCAGCACGAUCUCAUCUGCCUUCAGUAUCGCAAACUAUCCGAGCAGACACGAUUGCUGAAACAGCGCAAUCGAGCCCUACUCAACGCAGCCGCCGUCGCUCCCUCUUUCCCUUCAUCAGUACCUGGCUCCACCACCACCACCUCCUCCUCCUCCACCUCCACCUCCCCCACCCCUUCCACUUCACCUGCGAACCCAGUCCAGGUCGCUUACAUAACCUCGCUCGAACAACAGCUCUCUUCCCUAAGAGACGAAAUCGCAACUCUCUACAAAACGCAAGGUCAAAAUGCCCAACGACUUCUCCUCAUGUCGGAAUCCCAUCGAACCCAAGAAGAGGAAUUCCGCAAUCAAACCGAAUCUCUCGCCAAACUCCAACUCGAACACGAAAAGCUCGAACGCCAAGCAGAGGACCUCACACAUACUAUCGGGGAGAAAGAUAGAGGGAUGCAGAUUCUACAAGAUGAGUUGGCAACGUUGAGUUUAGAGUUGAGUCAGAUCGAAGCGAGGAAUGAAGAUUUGAAGAAGGAUAACGCGAGUUUGCUCCAAAGAUGGUUGGAUAGGAUGAAUGAGGAGGCCGAAAAGAUGAAUGAUGGCACCAUGUGGUUGGAGGAGGUGAGAAAGAGGAGGCAGAGCUCCAGUCAGCCGGGCCAAGAUGGGAAGGGAGGAGACAUGGUGGACAAGUCCGAGGCCAAGCCCUGA